CCUUUACAGUUGUUUACAUUGGUAGCAGAACCGACAUGAUUUUCUUUCAACCACCUGAACGAAAAGUCCGGCGGAAAAGGAUUAAGCGAUCCCCGCCUUCAGAGAAUGAUGAAGGCCUUUGUAUGGGAAUAUUCCAGACCUCACUUAACAUGGGCUUCAUUGUUCUUGUUUUUAUAAUUGCAUCGACCAAAGGAGAAUGGAUCCUUGACGUCAUCAGGUAUUUCCAAAACAAAAACAAAAUCACCUCACAGAUACCGGUCCUCGAUGACUGGUUACCCUCCAUACAAUGGCCGGAGUUUAAGAGAGUCCAGAGCUUGCCAAAGUUUCUAUUUUAUUCGGUCAUACUUUCUGUAACAUCAUACAAUGUCAUAGCUGGAAUCUGGUACUGGCUCUUCGGGAGUGCAAAGCGGAAAAAGGGAUAUGGUGACAUCGAGGAAGAUUCUUCACUCUUCAAUGACGCAAUGUUCAGCUCCUUUAAUGUCGCAGUGAUGUCCAUUGUUUCUGCUCUAUUGGCCUGGUUCACAUCAAAUAAAGGUUAUUCCCGCCUCUAUAAUGAUGUGUCAGAUUGGGGUUGGUUGUAUUUUGCCGUGUCAGUUCCCGCGCUAUUUUUGUAUCACGAAGUCUCCUCAUACUAUCGCCAUCGCACUUUUCAUUCGCCAAUGCUGUAUAAAAAUAUCCACUUCUGGCGCCAUCGGCCCAAGGAGACCACGUGGAGUUUAAUGGUGAUGCACCCAGUGGAGUGUGUGGCGAUGUUGUUGCAGAGUCUACUACCUAUGUACAUGUUUCCUACACACAUAGGGGUUUACUUGUUCCUGACUAUGGUCACCAUGUAUAAUGACCUAAUGUUUCACUCGAGUGAUAGUUCAUUUCAACAGAACCAUAGAAAGUACAAAGACGUCAACUUCGGCGUGAACUCAAUACUUCUGGACUGGGUCCGUGGAACACUGCAUCAUGACAUUUAUGACACGCUGUAUGCCGAGGCCAACCACUACAAUAAAGAGGACUAGAAACAUGUCCGAAUGUAGGAAGUCUAGAAAAUUCCUGUAUAUUGUUGUCUGCCUUGCUAUCUGCAUAGGUUUAGGGAGUCUACAGCAAAAUGACUUACUUCGUUAGACAGCCAAGCCGAAUCGGAUAUCUCGAAGUAAAAACGACAACUUCAAACAUCUGGUAGAUAUCGGUGAUAGGAAUCCCUUGGGUACUCAUAUCAUAUAGAUCCUAAUUUUAUCGCAUGGAUCGAACUUUUUACAGAGAGUCUGCAACCAAAGUAGAACAAAAACAUUCAGUAUUAUGUAUAGAAAAAUAAUCUUGUAACAAUUCAGAACUUACAGUUCUAAAUUAGUUGAAUAUUAACCGCAAAGCAGUGGUCUAUUAAACAUAAAUGAAUAUUCAUUUAAUAAUAGUUUAGGCUGUCAUUGUUGACCCUUAUAAAGGGAUAGGGUGUUUAAGGUGUUUACACACGAAGAACCAUAGAAAAUUCAAGUCGUAGAAAAACUAGAAUAAACUAGAUAUCUCCAUGUUCAUAUUAGUGGUUAAGAAAUGCAGUAAUAUUUAAUUUAUGACCUUGAUAAGGUGAUACAGAUUAAAGACAGAUAUCGCGUGAUGAAAGUUUUAGAACUGGAUAUUUUUAAAAGUUGGUAUUGACUAAUAAAAAACUUGGUACAUUCAUACACCUGCGUGUAUAUCAUUUAUAUGUACGAGGAAUUUAUAAUAACCAUGAUAUGUAAUGCUCGAUCCUGUCACAUGAUGAUACAAGUAAACAAACAGGUUUUACCGGCACAUGUAUUAUAUUAUUAUCUAUGGAUUUUUAAAAAUGAGAUAUACGUUGUCAUUCAUCGUAAUCUUAAAUGAUGAGUGUUUGAAACACGCUUAUACCGGGUACUUGUGUACUGGCACAUUUGUACAUGUAGCAUAAUUGCACUGAGUAUGAAUUUCAUAUUUUUUAUUUUGAAUUUAUCAAAUAUUACGUAUUUAUCAAAUCCAUUGUUUAAAAGAUGUAUGAACAUGAUGCUGGUGCCUCAAAUUAUAUGCUGAAAUUGGAACUCAAGAUAAUACAAUGUACUUUCUCUGGUACAAACGAGCAUUGACUGUCCAUGUGAACUUUAUAUUGGUAGUUACAUAAUUGAAUCUCAAGGUGUGACCUAGUCAUUAAAGACACAACCAAAGCU